AACCCUUUGUUUCAGUUGUGUAUUGUGGUAGCUGCUACUUCUCCUUCUCCUUCAAAAAUCUAUCCUUUUUUAUUUAUCUCAGGCGCCGCCGUAUUCUCUAAGCCGGCGGUAAAUACCCAUUUCUUCCUCCACCCUUCCCUCUCCUCCAUUAAAAAAAAAAGCCAAAAAAAAAGAGAGAAAUAUUCACAAAAGACAAGAAAGUUUGCUACUUUAGUAAGGUUUAUCGAACGCACUUGGGAUUUUAGUUUGUUUCAUUUAUUAUCUUCUCUAGGUUUUAUUGAUUAAUAACAAGAGGAGAGGGAAGAAAAAGAAAACCCAAAAAAAAAAAACAGAGAAAAAAAAAGAAAUCUGUAAAAAAAAGGUUUUUUUUUGUGGGUUUUAGCUGUUCUGUUUAGAGAGAUGGCGCAGAUUCAAGUCCAGGGGCAAAAUGGGAGUGUUAACAAUGGAGCUGGAGGAGGGAAUAACCAGUUUGUACCGACGUCGCUUUAUGUUGGGGAUCUGGAUUCAAGUGUGACGGAAGCUCAGCUUUAUGAUUACUUUGCCCACGUGGGUCCAGUGCUUACGGUUCGGGUUUGCAAGGACUUGUCAACCCGGAGGUCUCUUGGUUAUGGUUAUGUCAAUUAUGGAAAUCCACAAGAUGCUGCAAGGGCAUUGGACCUUCUGAACUUCACUCUUCUGAAUGGAAAGCCUAUCAGGAUUAUGUAUUCUAAUCGAGACCCUAGUCUUCGUAAAAGUGGUGCUGGGAAUAUUUUUAUCAAGAAUUUAGACAAGGGAAUUGACCACAAAGCCUUGCAUGAUACGUUUUCUGCAUUUGGGAACAUUCUCUCUUGCAAGGUAGCCACAGACUCCUCUGGCCAGUCAAAAGGUUAUGGCUUUGUUCAAUUUGACAAUGAGGAAUCUGCCCAAAAAGCGAUAGAGCAGCUGAAUGGCAUGCUAAUGAAUGAUAAGCAAGUCUAUGUGGGCCCCUUUGUUCGCAAGCAGGAAAGAGACAGUGCUAUCAGCAACGUUAAAUUUAACAAUGUCUAUGUAAAGAAUCUCUCAGAAUCCACAAGUGAUGACGAUUUGAAAACCAUUUUUGGCGAAUUUGGUCUGAUUACUAGUGCUGUGGUGAUGAGAGAACCGGAUGGGAAAUCCAAGGGCUUUGGGUUUGUAAACUUUGAGAACACAGAUGAUGCUGCUAGGGCUGUGGAGUCUCUGAAUGGAAAGAAAUUUGAUGAUAAGGAGUGGUAUGUUGGGAAAGCGCAAAAGAAAUCUGAAAGGGAGCUGGAUCUGAAACUUCAAUUUGAGCAGUCAAUGAAAGAGGCAGCAGAUAAGUUUCAAGGAGCAAACUUGUAUGUUAAGAAUUUGGAUGACAGCAUAAGUGAUGAAAAACUUAAAGAGCUAUUCUCUCAAUAUGGUACCAUAACGUCAUACAAGGUUAUGCGAGAUCCAAGUGGGAUAAGUAAAGGAUCAGGGUUUGUUGCAUUUUCAACUCCAGAAGAAGCAUCAAGAGCUCUUGCAGAGAUGAAUGGCAAAAUGGUUGUCAGCAAACCUCUCUAUGUUGCACCAGCUCAAAGGAAGGAAGAUAGGAGAGCCAGGUUGCAGGCUCAAUUUUCUCAAAUGCGACCAGUUACAAUGUCACCUUCAGUCGCUCCUCGUAUGCCAAUGUACCCACCUGGUGGUCCAGGUCUUGGGCAGCAAAUAUUUUAUGGUCAAGCACCUCCGGCAAUGUUUCCGCAGCCUGGAUUUGGGUAUCAACAGCAGCUCGUCCCUGGUAUGAGGCCUGGUGGAGCUCCCAUGCCAAAUUUCUUUGUACCAAUGGUUCAACAAGGCCAACAGGGUCAGCGUCCCGGUGGCAGAAGGGCUGGGGCUGGUCAGCAAAGUCAGCAACCAGUUCCAUUAAUGCAGCAGCAGAUGCUACCGCGAGGGCGGGUCUAUCGCUAUCCACCAGGGCGUGGUCUACCUGAUGUUUCAAUGCCUAACAUUGCUGGAGGCAUGCUUUCUGUUCCAUAUGAUAUGGGUGGCAUGCCAAUGCGUGAUGCGUCAAUUUCUCAGCCAAUUCCGAUAGGAGCCUUGGCCUCAGCCCUAGCAAAUGCUACACCAGAUCAGCAGAGAACGAUGCUGGGAGAGAAUCUUUAUCCCCUAGUUGAACAGCUGGAGCCUGAUGCAGCAGCUAAAGUUACAGGGAUGCUUCUGGAGAUGGAUCAGACCGAGGUUUUGCAUUUGCUCGAGUCACCAGAAGCUCUAAAAGCGAAGGUUGCUGAAGCAAUGGAGGUUCUUAGAACUGUGGCUCAGCAGCAGCAAACUGGUGGUGCUGCCGCUGAUCAACUGGCUUCAUUGUCAUUAAGUGACAACCUUGUCUCCUGAGUUUUAACUGCCUGCUAGAGUUUUCUCCUUGAACACCAUCGUAGCAUGGCGUUUGUUUAGAUUGAAUCAGUUGCUUCGUUUGAAGCUGGUUAUGACUCUAUACUUCUACAGAGUGUUUUGGAACUUCAAUACCGUCUGACACAAGACUUUCAUGCUUUAUAAUUAAUUGCUAUGUGAUUGAGUUAUGCAUUUCAUGCAUCACACGAUAUCUUUGGGAUUGAAUUGAUUGUUUCUCUUUUGAGUGAAUAA